UUAAAAAUUGUCAAAACAAAUGGUAUCUAGUUCAGUUUAUUUUCGAAGGUUUUUCAUAAAUAAAAGCCUCCAAAAUGGCCCAAUUUAGUUUAAAGGGCAGCGAUGAGUAUUACUUAUCACUCUCUGAACUUCCAAAACGGUUUGACGCCGACAGUCCGGUUACAAAUGUGUUUUUUGACGACACAAAUGGAGAGGUUUUUACAGUUAGAUCGGGGGGCGUGACAGGCGUAACAGUCACGGGUAUGGACGAAUUGAAGUCCACAUCGUUCCGUAUGGAGGACCGGGGGCCCAUCAUCUCGAUAAAGUUCUCUCCCGACCAUAAAAUACUUGCAAUACAGAGGAACCUUGAUAAUCAGAAUGCCACAGUGGAGUUUGUGAACUUUAAGGAACAAGCACCAACCAAUGUAGAGUACACACAGACAUGUAAAUGGAAGAAUGCUAAAAUACUCGGCUUUGUUUGGCCAAAAGUAAAUGAGAUUGCGUUUAUAACAGAUCAUGGUAUUGAGUUGUUGCAAGUUAUACCUGAAAAGAAACAGCUGAAAAGCUUGAAGAACAUGUCCUUCAGUGGUGCAUGGUAUUCGUGGUGUGCUCGCAGCAACAUCGUCCUGCUGGCCGGGAACAAUGGAGCACUGCUGCAGCCUUUCUCCCUCAAUGGCUCGUCUGUCACCAAACUGCAGAAAUUGGAAUUGGACUCUGCCAAGCCAGUAGCGGAGCGCGACGUGUUCACACUGCGGCUGUGCGACGCGGCGUACUGCGCCGUGUUCCGACACGCCGCCACCGCGGCCGCCGCGCCUGGCCCCACAGAGGUGUGGUUGAUGCCGAUAUCAGCCGGGCCGGGUCAGUACACGCAUGUGCUCAAGACAGGGCUGGUGGGCCGCUUCGCCGUCAAUGUCGUCGACGACCUCGUUGUAGUACAUCAUCAGUCAAGCCAAACCUCCUUAGUAUUCGACAUCCAGGAACAGCUCGCGAGCAGUGUCUCGGAUACCAGCACGGUGGUCCACCUGCCUGUGGUCCCCGGGUGCUCCAUGCGGCCCGCCUUCGUUGAGGAUCAGCUGUGUCCUAUGUACUCGGUGAACUGGGUGGUGUUUCAACCUGACUACAUCGUGGACGCGCGUCUCGGCUGCUUAUGGCGAGUGCAUCUCACACCCUCUGGAUUGGUGCAUUCUAUCCCCAAAGAUGAGAUCUCAAAGAUAGUAGCAGUGCUACUGCGGCGGUCGGACGGCAAGCCAACCAUAUACGCCGUACUGAACCAGAUGGUGGCCGAUGCUGGCAGGCACCUCGUGCAGCUGUCACAAGUGUUUGACGAAAUCAACUCUGUCUACCGCAGGUGGGCGGAGCUGGAGGUGGCCCGCGCCACGGCGGGCGCCCCCGCCCCCGCCGCCGCCGCCGCCCCCGCGGCCCCCGCGGCCGCCGUCAUCGCGCAGCCCGACAUGUGUGCGCACGUGCUCAGCGGGGACCACCCGCAUAUCGUGCAGGUAGUGACAGCAUACAUAGCGUCGCUGUCUCGUCACGACAUGGUGGUGCAGCAUCCGGUGGCCGAGCUGGCUGUGCGCACAUUAGUCACGCAGGGGGCCAUAGGACGACUCAAGUCGUUAGUCCGCCGCGGCUGCGUGUGCGACGCGCGUCCGCUGGCGUGCGCGCUGCUGUCGCUGGGGCACCUGCAGCCGCCCGCAGCGCAGCUGGCGCUCGACAUGAUGGCGCGGCUGCGGGCGCACGACGAAAUAGUAGAAGUUCUGCUAAGCUGGAACGAGCCAAUAUCAGCGAUAGGCGCGGCGAAGCAAGCGGGCCCGCAGGUCUGGCACGGCCUGCCCGCCCGGAAGGUGCUGGCGGCCGCGAAGUUAUACGCUGAGCGGUGCGGGGACCCUGGGGCCUUCGUCGCUGCUUACCACGCGCUGAGGGAGAGGAACGACCGGCUGAGAGGGUCGCCGCACUUCUUGAGAGGUGAACAAUGCGAAAGCUACGUUGAGUAUUAUAAACAGCUUACUUCGGAGCCGGUACAAUAAGGAAGGACCAUUUAAGUAAGUCAGUAAGUAAGUAUAUCAGUAGGCUCUGCACGGCAACCGCGCCGAUCGCGGCGCAGAAUAUAUCGAAGCCUUCGACCAAUAGCCGUUUGACGUCCAUCUACGUAGAUAGCAUUCGUAUCGUUUAUUGGUCGAAGAGCGAGAUAUAAAUCGCGCCGCGGUUACCAUGCAGAUCCGGCUGGUUUAUACUGAAGUGUUUGUACACUCUAGUGGUUUCAAAGAGUCGAUUGUUCAGGGCCUGUGUCCUGGCCUUAGCCAAAUUGCAAACGAUUACGAAAUAGGACAGUGAACAAAUGUAAUAAUAACAUAAGCUCACGACUGUCCCAAUUGGGGUAGUCGGAGGUACUUCAAUCGAAAAAUGAACUAAGUACCCACACCCCACGGAGCUCUCUGUUAGACAAAAAUCGACUUUGACUAUAAAUUUAUGGCAUUGACAAUAAAUAUGUCAUUUAUGGUAAUCCCAGAUAUUUUUAUCACUGUCCCUUUUCUAAAUCGUUUGCUACCAUUAAGGUUUAUUACCUACUUAUACCCCUUCAAACAUACCUAACAUGAUUAGUGACAUUGACAUUAUAUCUCGUCUCUUUCAUACUAAGCUGUAUACCGUUUAUUAAGUGUGAAAUAGACAUACCUCGCGUCCCUUUCACACUAGGCGAUGGGUUAUAUCUCUCUCCUGCUGUCAUUUUAAUCAUGCUACGUUAAAAGUGGUAUAAGUCUAUUACGUGAAGUAGCAAUUUGAAGGCGACACUGGUUUCUAGCAGUCUAUAAAGUUCAUUGAACUCCUGUAUCGUUCGGAAUCGUAACUUCAAAGUUGAACUAUUUUGUUGAACAUGAU